CCGUAUGAUCUCACUUAAUCGUUUUAAUAAAUGACAUCAAAUCUUAUACUGCGGAUUCGCCGUGGGCCUACAGCCAGCUGUUCCCUGGAAAUGUCGUACAAGGUAGACGUUUGUCCCGCCGCUGUCGGAUGCUGAAACGCGCAAUCAGCCUGUGGAUGCUUGAUGUCCAUUAUGAAACGCGAUGCUGCACUGGGCACCGAAUGAUAGGCGCUGCGCUUCUGACAUCAAAUGAAUUACAAGAAAUCAAUUUAGCUGCAAAAUACUCUUGUGGUGCGGACGGUUCAAGUUGGCCCAGCAUCCUUCUCCUCAGCCCUCAGCUUCCUGUCUUCUCUUGGACUGUGGAUAACAAGAAGCCUUCAAGACGGAGGGGGUGGUGGAGCAUCGAGGAAAAAAUAGGGGCAAUAUGAGAGAGCGGGACUUCAUGCCCAAUAUGGAGAGGGGCAAACCUGCCACUUACACGGGGGACAAAAAGGCUAAGAUGGCUGCUAAGACUAACAAGAAGUGGGUGAGACUAGCCACUGUUUUUGCAUAUGUAUUGUCCGUGUCCUUAGCAGCCAUUAUCCUGGCAAUUUACUACAGCCUGAUCUGGAAACCAACUAGUGCAUCCUCUUCUGCGGGCAAGCCGGUGGGGCCUGAGGAGGUCACCCCCACGGCAAACAUCUCAACUAAUUUUUCCACAAGCAACAAUGUCACAGAGUGGAACUCUACACAGACAGGGCUACUGGCUUUUAACCACACCAGGCAGGGCACAACCCCGCACAGUCAGGCGUUUCAGUGGGAUGGCAUAGCCGAGAGAGUGGCCGUCUCCCCGCGCGGUGCUGGAGCAGAAACUGCGCACUCGCAGCAGGAGGAUGGACUCUACGCAUCAUCCCACGGUCACACAAGCGCGGAGAGAUCGGGGGCUUUGGGUAGAGAAACACACGCGUCUCAACCCCGGGUGAGCCAUUACAUCCCGUCAAGCACCAGGGAGUCUGGCGCUGCGCUUAAUGAGGACGAGGAGGAGAGGGGGGCGCGCAGUCGGAGCGAGGGGGCGACUGACAACCGCGACCCCGAGCAGGAGGCUACAGAUCCUGCCGCUGUUUCUCCUCCGACGAGCGGUGCUGGCCUGAGAGGAGACUGAUCGGGGCCUGAUUCCCACCCACACCCCCACCCCUCUCUCUUACACACACACACACACACACACACAAGCUGACCCAACAACGAGUGUUUUACAGACUCAGUGCCGCAGGUCGGAUAACACACAGGUCUUCUUCUUUAGAUUCAUUUCGCAGAUCCCCUUGUGGAGGCUGAACUGCACAUAAAAACUGCUAUCUUGAUCUUGGAACUGAGAAAGGAGGAGACCUCGCUUCCUCUAUGAACAAUGCCCCCCCAACACAAACUAUGCUUUUUUUUUCCCUUUUUCUUUCCUUCUUUUUUCUUAGGCCAUCUGUAUGCCUUAAAAUCAGUGUGUGUCUACUUCACCUCGGAGAGCUUCUGAGGCCACUCUAACCUGCCUGUGCGUGUGGACAAGACUGGUAUAGAUAUUUUUGUUAAAUUAAUAAGACAAAGGCUCCAGAGAUGCUUUUGGUUUUGUAGGACAUAAAUGUGUCUCACGGGCAUACAGCGCUUAACAUCACUGCCAUUCAUCGGCUGGUCUAAAUCAAUACUGCAUUAUUGCAUUUUAACAUAGGCUGUACUUUUCGUUUCAUGGAUCAAACCUGGAUUCCCAGUAGAAGAACUGCAUUAUUGAGUUAUGCUCAGGUAUGUGCAUAUAACCAUGUAAAUGUAUUGUGUAUUUGGUUAUGUACAUAUAGGGCAGGCAUACAUCUUUUUGGCCUUGAUGACCUUUUAGUGUAAUUAGAUGAUUUUUAUUAAAGGUACAGUAUGUAUAAUAGGUAUAACUAUAUCACAAGGUACAAAUAAACAUCCUUAGAAAAUGAUUCAUUUCUAUGGUUUUAUAUAUCUAUAUAACAGACCUAUGUA